AUGAUGGAGCACUUCCGCGUUGAGGAAACGACUAUCGCCGACAUCCACGCGUCCUAUCGCGCCGGCGCAAUCACGUGCGUGCAGCUCACGCAGGCAUACCUCGACCGCAUCGCUGCGUAUGACCAGCGAGGAGAGAUGGCGCACGAACGCAAUUUAGCGCUCGCAAUCCUAUAA